AUGCAUGAAGCAGGUGCUACAGAUGCUUGGAUUGGGCUGAAGCAGGGAAGCAGUCCUAAGUGGCAGUGGUCUCUGGCUGACAGGGAUUUGUACAGAGAGGAUGGGGCAGAGUUCAGGGAGUGGGACUCAGACCCGCCAGAAGGUACUAAUAAGAAGGACUGCACUGUGAUGAAAGGAAAUGGGAAAUGGCGCCGUAAGAAGUGUGAUAAGAAGAUGCCCUUCAUCUGCUAUGAUGAGAAAAACUCAACACAUCCCUAUGUGCUGGUUACUGAUGAAAAGAACUGGGCAGAUGCUCAGAGAUACUGCAGAGAGAAACACACAGACCUGGCCAGUGUGAGGAAUCAGAUAGAGAAUGACCAGAUAAAGGAAAACAUAAACAUAAAGAUUAAAACCUGGAUUGGCCUGUUCAGAGAUGCCUGGGAGUGGUCAGAUGGCAGCACCUCCUCAUUCCGCCACUGGGAAACUGGAGAACCCAAUUAUAACGACAGCCCGGAUGGGUUCUGCGCUCAAAUUGCUUCCAGUGGCCAGUGGAACGAUGCAGACUGUCACAAUCCUUCAAACUUCAUUUGCUAUGAGGACAAACUGGUUCUGGUUCGUCAGAAUAAGACCUGGAUAGAGGCGAUGAAGUACUGCAGACAGCACCAUGUGGACCUGGUGUCUGUGACCUCCGAGCGGAUCCAGCGCUGGGUGCGGGAGCGGGCUAAAGGAGCCUCCAGUACUCACAUGUGGAUGGGCCUGCGCUACUCCUGCAUGGGCUUCUGGUUCUGGGUCAACGGAGACGCAGUCUGCUUCAACAACUGGGCCCAAGGGGAAGGGACGGGGCAGGACUGUCAGAGUGCCAGAGUGGGGGCAGUGAAGUCUGGAAUAGAUGGGAAGGGAGAGUGGGUCGUGCUUCCAGAGACCCAGGAACUCAACUUCAUCUGCACCACUGAGGAUCAGUAGGACUGGAUCCUCCCCUGACCAGAGCCUCCAAACCCCUCACUAUGGACGUGUGUGUGUGU